AUGGGUGCAUUUCUCAGCAACUAUCUUCAAAAUCGUCAAUUCCAGGUUACCAUAGGAGGAAACCGAUCAUCAACCUUCACCGAAACCAACGGGGUACCCCAAGGCUCCGCACUAGCCGUCACACUCUUUUUAAUUGCAAUGAACCCUGUAUUCCGAAACAUAACAAGCAAACUCCACAUACUGGUCUAUGCCGACGACAUAAUCCUCGUCUCAACAGGAAAAAACCUCAAAUUCAUUCGCAGGAAGAUCCAAACCGCGGUUAAGAAAAUCGGCCAAUGGGCGAACGCUGUCAGAUUUUUCAUAGCACCCCACAAAUGCGCCAUUGCACAUUGUUGCAACUCUCACCAUGUCGUUGCAGGAAAUCCAAUUAAACUGGAUAACAUUAACAUACCCUUUCAACGCCUGCCCAAGAUACUCGGCAUCACGAUCGACCGAAAGCUCACUUUCAACAACCACUUCAAGAACAUUAAAAAAGACUGCGAAAGUCGGCUGCGAUUUAUCAAAACAAUAAGCUCCUGCCACCCCCGAUGGAACCGACGAACAGCUCUCAACAUCAGCAAGGCCUUAAACAACAGCCGGAUCUUCUAUGGAAUUGAAAUCACUUGCCUAAACCGGGAAGGCAUGCAGAAGACAUUAGCUCCUCUCUACAACCGCUCAAUCCGUCUGGCAAGCAACCUUUUACCUAGCACCCCGGUGUUCGCUGCCUGCGUUCAAUCCGGAGUCUUACCCUUCCAAUGGUACGCCAAUAUCACCAUUUUCAAAAGGACUCUCGGCUUCCUACAAAGAACAAGAGGCAACAAUCGAAUAUUACUCAGUAUUGCCAAAAACCUGUACCUAAUGUACAAUAAUACCAGAAUGCCCAAACUUGCCAGGAUACAGCAGAUCCGCCGGCGGAAUUGGUUUACAAAAAUUCCACGCAUCGACACCAUAUUCUCGGCUGAAGCCUCAGCAAUCCUCUACGCAAUCAAAUCCAAACCUCCCAACACUCCAACGAUAAUUCCAUCCGACUCCUUGGCAGUCCUCGCCGCCCUCGAAGCAGGCAACUCCCUACACCCCUUCAUCCAAGCAAUAGAAGAACAGUUCAACAACCAGACGGUCUUCUGUUGGAUACCCGGACACUCUGGCAUCCCCGGCAACGAAGAAGCAGACGCACUCGCAGCUUUAGGCAGGUCCAACAACCACUACUUUACCAGAACGGUCCCAGCUAUGGACCUCAUCAUUUCGUCAAUACAAAAGCCCUACACCACUUCAUCAGAACCUGGAGAGCAUCCUCUGGGCACACCCAAAAAGUUAAAGGUGAACCCGAUAAAUGGAUCGAUAGAAGCAGCCGGAUGGAGCAACGGGCCCUAUCCAGACUGCGAACCGGCCACACCAGAAGCACCCAUGCACACAUCAUUUCAAAUUGUCAACCACCAUCCUGCCCCAUAUGCAACACAUCACAGUCUGCCCAGCUCUAUCCGUGAGGUACUCAACAACAACCCGGACAACGAACAUGCACUCCUUAAACUACUCCGAGAUGCCAACCUACUCGAAUGUCUUUGA